AUGGCUCAAUCCUCUUUACCCCCUCUAAAGGUCCCUCUGAGCAAACAAUUCGCCAAGUUCACUAAUUCCACCGCGGGCCUCGACUUGACACUACGCUUAAUCCAUGCGCUUGUUCUCAUUGGAUCGGAUGCUUACUUUCAUCAUGGUAUCGCCAUGAGAUGCUCAGUUGCAGCGUCCCAGAUAGGAUUAGACUGCUUUCAAAAUGUUCACGACUUUCUUGUUGCUAGUCCUGUCGUGAAGACCAAGACAGCAAUGAUGGAAAUGGCCGAAUCGAGCUGUUUCGGAAUGUAUCUGGCUCUAGAGGCCACAACCAUGUUGCAUGACAUGAAUGUUGUCUUAGUGUCAUGGUACUCGCCCAUCCUGGUCGAAGCCUACAAGUUCUGGUUCUAUGGCAUUUGUAUAGGAAUUUUGAGAACUGCCGCGACCAUUCUCUUUAAUCUGACAUCCUCGAAAACAGACGACUCCUCUGUGGGUUCAGAAAAGAAAAAUAGAGAGGAAGACAAUAACUCAAAUUCUUCGAAGCCAGUGUUGUCCGCAUUCAAUGUCUUCAAUCAACUUAGCAUUAACACUCUGGACUUGCUCAUUCCUGGGUCAUUACUGGGAUGGAUCCCUGUCAGCGACUUGGGGGUUGCAAUUGCCAUGUUGUUGAGCACAAUUCUUGUCUGGCCAAGCGCUUGGGCAAAGGCGCAGAAUUAG